UAACUGGAGGUGAAAUUAAAUUUAAACAAAAUUGCAGUGGAAAUAGUAGGAAAUUUAAAGAAACACUUUCAAAGAAAGUGUUAAAACUCUAAAAGCAAUAUGAAUUUAUUGACAAAAAUUUUCAUUUGUUUUACCCUAAUAGCUGUGACUUGUGCGGGUGAUGAUGGUAUGACAGUUAAAGAUAUUGCGGAAGCUUUAAUAUCUUUUAGUGAAGAUUGUGAGCCCAAACCUGAAGAAGAACACAUUAUCGAAGUGAUUAAAAAUGUACCAGAUGCCCAAUAUACUUCGAAAUGUUUCAGACACUGUCUAAUGGCUCAGUUUGAUCUGAUUGCCGAAGGUUCUCAGAUAAUGGAUAAAGAAAAAACCCUUGAUAUGAUGGGUUCAAUGUUUUCAGAUCGUAAAGAUGAUUUAGCUGAAAUAAUCGAUGGUUGUAAUAAUAAAAAUCAGGCCAUUGCCGAUAAAUGUGAAAAUGCUCAUGCACAUGGCAUGUGCAUGUUAGAUCAAAUGAAAGAACGUGGUUUUGAAAUACCCGAUUUAAAGGAUGAAUAAUAAGGACAAAAAACUCGCUCUAUCCUACACCCAGUCUACCUGAUGACGACCUACAAUACAUGAAUAGUGAUCCUGAAUUUCCGAUUUCAAUUUAAACUUAAAUAUUUUAAAUAUUAUUUAUUAAAUGGCAUUAGUUCAUACGGUACCUCAAAGUAGUUUACUUUAGCCCUAAUAUUUGUAUUAAUUUUUUUACAAAAUAAAUGUACAUGAAUAAUGGUGUGGUUAAACAGA